AUGAAGGUAUUAUGUGUGGCUGAAAAACCGUCUUUGGCUAAAUCAAUUUCGCAAAUCCUGUCUCAUGGAACUACUCGCACGGUAAAGCUUUGUUUGUGGUCGUCUAGAAUACAUUUACUUAUUGGCUUAAAUGCUACUACAUUCAUGGUUCCUAAAGUCGCUGAUAACAGAACAGUUCAAGUCACUAUGACAUCUGUUUUGGGCCAUUUAAUGGCUUAUGACUUUCCGCCUGAAUAUCAAAAUUGGACUCAAGUCUCCCCUUUGGCAUUGUUUGAUGCGCCCACUGAGAAACAUGUAAUACGAGGAAUUGAAGCCGUUCGUGAUAACAUUGCAAAAGAAGCGCGCAAUGCUGAACAAAUAAUGAUAUGGACUGAUUGUGAUCGCGAGGGUGAGAACAUUGGAUCGGAGAUCGUAGCUGUCUGUCGUGGUGCGAAUUCAAGAAUUAGAGUAUCAAGGGCAAAAUUUUCCGCAAUUAUUUCCCAACAAAUCCGUCAUGCAUGGCAAUCACCCGUGGAUUUGGAUUAUCGUCAAGCAAACGCGGUAGACGCUAGAUCAGAAUUGGAUUUACGAAUUGGUGCUGCGUUUAGCCGAUUCCAAACUCUUAACCUACGAAGUUUGUUUUCAGAACUUAACAACAAAGUAAUAAGUUAUGGAUCCUGCCAGUUUCCAACGCUGGGCUUCGUUGUGGAUCAAUAUCUAAAGGUUCAGAAUUUUGUAACAGAAAUUUUCUGGAAAAUAUAUGUAGCAUUAGAACGUGAUGGUAGUAUGGUAGAGUUUCACUGGGUGAGAAAUCAUUUAUUCGAUCGUUUAGCAUGCGUUAUAAUUUAUGAGAAAUGUUUGGAAAAUCCAACGGCAACUGUCGUUGAGGUCAACUCUAAAGAACAUGGUUCAUCUUUAAACAUUCUCCCCAAAACACUUAAUGAUAGGAAACCGUAUCCGCUAACUACCGUAGAACUUCAAAAGAUUGGAUCGAGGUAUUUACACAUUUCGUCAGAUAGAUUGAUGAAUGUCGCCGAGCAAUUGUAUGUUAAAGGUUUUAUAAGCUAUCCAAGAACAGAAACAGAUCAAUUCGAUAAGCAAUUCGAUUUUCGCUCUUUGAUCGAAAAACAAACCCAAGAUACAAGAUGGGGAGAUUUUGCAACGAGGUUACUUUUGGCUGGUGAAUUUCGUACACCACGUAAUGGAAGUCAUAAUGAUCAGGCCCAUCCUCCAAUUCAUCCGACUCUUUAUGCAUCUGAUUUAACAGGAGACGAACUCAAAGUAUACGAGUUUGUUGUUAGGCGUUUUUUGGCAUGUUGCUCAGACCAUGCUGUAGGACACGAGACGACCAUAGAAAUCAGGUUGUGGGAGGAAAAAUUUACCGCUAGAGGACUUGUAAUAUUGGCUAGAAAUUAUUUGGAUGUAUAUCCUUAUGAUCGUUGGGGUGAAUCAAAUUUGCCAAAUUUUCAGAAAGGUGAAACAUUUAUACCUACCACAUGUGAAAUGCGAGAAGGUCAUACUUCACCACCUGAAUAUUUGACUGAAGCAGAUUUAAUUAGUAUAAUGGACCAGAAUGGUAUAGGUACUGAUGCAACCAUUCAUGUACAUAUUGCUAAGAUAAUUGAGCGAGAAUACGCUAGAAAAGACUUUAGGAAUGGAAAAACUUAUAUAUUACCAUCAAACUUGGGUGUUGCGCUAGUCGAAGGUUAUGACUCUAUUGGAUUUGAUAAGUCGUUGUCUAAACCAUUUUUAAGAAGAGAGAUGGAAUCAAAAUUUAAAAUGGUUUGUGAAGGACGACAGCAGAAAGAAGAUGUGAUCAAAGAUAGUCUUGCCAUGUACAAAGAUAUGUAUAUCAAGACAAGUGAAAAUGUUCAAAAAUUAGUUCGAGUAAGGAUUAAUUUUGAAUAUAAUACCAUUUCUACCCGUUUAACAAUGUCUGGGUCCAACCUUAACCUUGAUGUUUCUAAUAAUACGCCGCUUGAAAGACGUCCGAGGCCUGCGCAACCAACUAGAUGUUAUACAUCGUCGUUCCAGUCCGCUGCGUCAAUAUUUCGAUCUUCAACAACUCAAUCUGAUUCGAGUCAAUCAGAUCAUCCUAAAUGUCGAUGUGGACUCUAUGCUGCUUCUAAUAAGACAAUGUCUUUAGGAGUUAAUCAUGGAAGGCCUUAUUUUACAUGCCCAAAGGCAGGUAAAAAAUGUACUUUUUUCCAAUGGGCAGAUGGAGCAUCGAGUUCAGGCUCAGGUACUCGUCGAACUCAUGCGAGUAGUGACAGUAGUACUGGAAAUGGUACAUGUUAUAAUUGUGGUGAAGCCGGUCAUUUCGCUAAUAUGUGUAAGGAAUCGAAGAGAACCAGAACAAACGCGACUACUAAUAGUACAGUCCAGUCAAGAAUGAGUACCUCUACGUGUUAUAAAUGCAACCAAGUUGGACACUGGUCAAACAAUUGUCCGAAUGAAUCCUCUUUUAAUGGGUCUCGUGGUCGUGGUCGUGGUCGCGGUACAAUAUCAAACCGACGUAGUAAACGUGGUCGUGGUUCAACUCGACGUGAUCCCGUAUAA